UGUGUGUGGUCCUUGUAUUAGAUGUUUAGCUGCAUCCCUGGCUGUAUCUCUGAAAUCAUCCUUUAUCCUGGGUCUUAUUGAGCCAGAGCGUCUGCAGGCUUUGCCAGCUGACACCUGUGGGGCAAAUUGCCGCUGCUUUUCUCUCUCAAGUUGAGAAUCUUUACCUGCGUCACAUUUUCACAGAGCCUCUAUUAAGCAGCUGCGCAUGUCUCAGUCACUGCGGAGACUCAAGUGCCCAAAGGGACGCCAGUUCCUUCAAGACUGUAAAUUGGAUUCCUGGAGGCCUUGGUAGUUUGCUGUGCAUAGAUAGUGCCUGUUGGCAGAUCACACAUACUCAGAUAGUCUAAAGAGGACUGGAUUCCUGCUGGUAACACAGUGCAAGCUUUAGUGCCCUCAGACCUCAUGGCAGCCAUGUCCCAAGACCCUCCAGCUGUGACUUCAAGUGAACAAAGCGGGGUCCCUAGCGUGGAUACUUCUAGGGUCCAAGAAAGGCUCUUAAGAGGAUAUGCAGAUGACCUAGAUUCUUUCAGGCAGAAGUUUAGGUGGUUUUGUUACUCACAAGAAGAAGGACCCAGAAAAACCCUGAAUCAACUCUGGGAACUCUGCAAGCAGUGGCUGAGACCAGAUAUUCACACCAAAGAGCAGAUCUUAGAGCUAUUAGUGUUUGAGCAGUUCCUGAGGGUUUUGCCUGGAGAGACGAGAAUUUGGGUGAAUUCUCAGCAUCCUGAGAAUAGUGUGAAGGCAGUAAGCCUGGUAGAAGAUUUGAACCAAGCACUUGAAGAAAGGGAAGAUCGUAGCACUCAAGAUUCUGCUGUUUGCAAAGUGGAGGAUUUGGGAGAAGAGGCGAUGGUGGUUGUUCCUCCACAUCUGGAACCACGUGAGCCUAUAACAUUUGAGGAUGUGUCUGUGAACUUCACCAGAGGAGAAUGGAAGAUGCUGGAGCCGUCUCAAAGGGAGCUGUAUAAGGAAGUGCUACUGGAAAACUUAAGGAACCUAGAAUUUUUGGGCCUUCCAGUUUCCAAAAUUGAUUUGAUUUCUCAGCUGAAGUGGGUUAAGUUGCCAAGGGCUCUAGAAAAAGAAAUCUCAAAAGGUCCCAGACCAGAGAGUGAAUCUAGAAGUGAAUUGGAUGUUUUUAUGGAAGACUUCACUUUAGAGAAAACAGUAGACUACUGCUUCAGUGAUGAUGGUUAUGGCUUGAAAGCAGAAUUCCAGAAACGACAUGGCAAAUCCAAGAAAGAUCAUAGCAAGCAGAGUAGCCAUGAGAGAAAAGAUUCUGACUUAAAAGAGACUCCCUCUGGAAAGAAUUUGAAACAAACUUCAGACACAGUCAAACAUCGGAGAACCUGCUUAUCAAAGAAGACUUACAGGUCUAAGGAAGGCAAGAAACCCUUCAUCUUUCAUUCAGAUCUUGUGAGCCGCAAAGAACACAAUAUAGAAAAGUCAAAGAAAUUUGGUGGAAAUGAGAAAGAUUCACGUCACUCUUCAUCUCUUACUGCACAUAAGAGAAAUCCGAGAAUUGGUUCACUCAGUAAGACCCAGAAGUGUAGUAAGUGUGGAGUAGCCUUUACUCAAAGCUCAUGGUAUUGUAGUAAAAGCUCUCAAUGUGAAAAGUGCCGGAAGAAUUUACUUCAAGGUGAAACCUCAAAUAAAGAAAAAGAACCUGAAGUUGAAGAGCCCAGUAAGUGCAGGAAAUGUGGAAAAUCCCUUGACAGUAGUUCACAACACUCUGUGUGUAUGGAAUGUAGAAAAAAAGCUCACAAAGCUAGUUCAUCAUCUAAACCACAUAAAAAAACUGACAAAAAUGGAAAGCCUUACAAGUGUGAUGAAUGUGGAAAAACUUUUGCUGGUUCACAAGCUAUUGAUAAGCAUCGAAGAACUCAUACUGGAGAAAAGCCCUAUGAGUGUAAACACUGUGGGAGAUCCUUCAGUGACAGCUCAUCAUUUUAUCAACACCAGAGAAUUCACACUGGAGAGAAACCAUAUAAGUGUAAUGAGUGUGGGAAAUCCUUCACUCAUAGCUCCUCUCUUUCGAAACAUCAGAGGAUACACACUGGAGAGAAGCCCUAUAAAUGUAAUGACUGUGGAAAAGCCUUCAGACAGAAUUCUUGCCUUACCCGACAUCUGAGAACCCACACUGGAGAAAAACCAUAUGUUUGUAAGGAUUGUGGAUCAUCUUUUAGCCUUUUUAGUACUAUCAUCUAUCAUCAAAGACUUCAUGCAGGAGAAAAACCCUACAAAUGUACCCACUGUGAUAAAGCCUUCCCUACUCAUUCCCGCCUCGGUCGUCAUUUAAGAUGUCACACUGGUGCAAAACCAUACAAAUGUAAUGAAUGUGGGAAAACUUUCAGACAGAGUUCAUCUCUUAAUUUACAUCUCCGAAGUCAUACUGGAGAGAAACCCUACAAAUGUGAUUAUUGUGGAGCAACCUUUACUCGGAGCACAAUUCUUAUUGAACAUGUAAAAACUCAUACUAUGUAUGAGUGUAAAAAAUGUGGUAAGAAAUCUAAAAGUCGGGCAGCCAGUCUUAAACAUCACUGUACCGAGUAAUUCUGGGAAAGUAGUAAAUGGAGGGGAAAUUAAUUCCAAUUGUGCCCUUAUUUUAAAACUUGACAUGUAAACUACCCAGAGCAUUGAUUAGAAACUUCAACUUCAAUGGGUUAACAACUAGGAAUAGCCUUUUUUCCCCUUUGGUCUCUCUUCUUGAGGGUGGUCAAUUUUGACUAGAGUUGGUAAAGUUAUGUUGACAUGAAGAAAGCAUAUAAAGUGAAAUGAUUCUGAAGACAAACUUAAGUUUGAAAGACUUUCUUCAAGGAUUUCUCUUUGACUUCCUUUCCAUGACCAUGCAGUAUAAUGGAAAAGAACAUGACUGAACUCUAAUAACUUAGGCUAUAUCCCAGAUGGCCAAUCAACCACUAUGUCAUUCUAAACAAGUCAUUUGAAUCUUCUGAAUAUUAGUUUCUUUACUAGUAGAGUGAAGAGAUAACAUUAAUGAUUUCUAGGUUUUCUAUUUAGCUGAUAUUCUGAUAUUGCAGAAGAUAAUUUGAACAUGUUUGAUUUGUUGGAA